AUGGAGAAGCAACGCUACCGAAGGAAGUGGCGAUCGGCGCUUAUCGUGAAAGUUCUGGGACGUACUUUCCCGUUCCCGGUCAUAUCUAGGAGACUGGAGACUUUGUGGGCUAAAGUUGGAUCGCUGCAGAUCUCGAGCUUAUCGUAUGGGUACUAUGUGGUGAGGUUCACCCACCAGAUGGAUUUUGAACAGGCAAGACUUGGCGGGCCAUGGCUUAUUGGGGAGCACUACAUCACUGUUCGCCCAUGGAGGAAGAAUUUCGACUCCAGUAUGGCGGAGGUCGCGUCCACACUUGUUUGGGUGAGACUACCAGAGCUACCCGUGGAGUUUGUGAACCAGGAGGCGGUAGAACGGAUUGCCUCUAGAAUUGGAAGACCUGUGAAGGUUGACAGAGCUACCAUGGCGGGGGAUAGGGUCAAGUUUGGACGAGUUUGUGUUGAAAUUGACUUAAACAAGCCACUGUUAUCCAUGUAUAAGAUCGAGGGCAAAACGUAUUACAUCACGUUUGAAGGGCUUCAUAAUAUCUGUACGGAGUGCGGGAAGUAUGGUCACUCUACCAAAUCAUGCCCUCUUCUCCGGAAGGAGCAGCCUAAGCAAACACAGUCGGAGCCAGUGUCGGAUGAGAUGGACAAGAAGAAGGCUGUUUAUGGGGAAUGGAUGACGGUCAAGUCACGGAAUGAGAAGAGGAAGAAUUCACAGGGAAGGGAGGCGGGAAAUGCGGGCAAGUUCAAUGUUAGUAGUGGGAUGGGAGAAGGGGGCUCUAGGUUCUCAGUUCUCGACCAACAAGAGACCCCGUCUGCUAUGGAAUCGGAGUGUGAAACUAAUACAGGGACCCAGGAACCACACCGUUGCACGAAUGGGGAUCCACCUGAACGUCGCUCAGCCGACACCCAGGACAGAGGCAACGGUAGUGGAGGCGAUACACCUCCCGAUACUCAAACAGUGGCUCGGUCCACGCCAACCCCUACUACUAAAGCAGUUAAGCAACCUCUCCACCAUUCUGCCCCUAGCAGGAUAAGCGCGCGCACAACGACACCAGUUACGACCCAAGUCACGUCCAAUGGCAGUGGGAUGAAGAAUGGGGAUAUGACGGCUCCAAGGCAAGAACUAGUUGAUGUUCCGGUGGCACUGGCGGACGGAACACGUGCGACUCGAACCCCCAUUGUGCCUGAUAAACCCAAGCAGCCAAAGGACCCUGGCAAGCGAGGGAAAGGGUCGGGGAAGCAGGAGCACAGCAGAACUAAUGCGGGUAAAGGCAGCAAGAUAGAGGCGAGCGCGGGAAAGACCACGGGGAUAAUCAUCCCAGUGGGUUCAGAGAUCCACCAACCUGCCCUGGUGGACACUCGAACGAGUGUGAUUCCGACAAGGGGAGACAAGCUCCCGAGUGACUUGGCGCAAUAG